AUGAAUAGUUGUGGAAAGAAAAUUGUUAGGAGGCCUUGGAAUGCACAAGCCCUUGGUUUGCCUCAAGAACCUGAGGAAACUUCAAGUUCUACCAGUAAUUAUCAAAGUUACUCUUGGAAUAAAAAAACACGUAGAAAUACAUGGAAUGAAUCUAGUCAAUACAACUAUUAUGAUGAACGUGAAUAUGAACGUGAAUAUGCUCCUCCUAAGCCUUGGCGAUCAAAUUCUUAUAAUUCUUAUAGAGAAACUAGAGAAGAUGAACGUAAUUUUGAUGAUGAUGAAAAUGCGUACUUAUUUCCUAGCGAAAAAACCGACGAAAGAUGUGUUAACGUCACUAAUCCGAAUAAAUCUGACUUGCCAAAAGUGAUUACCGUAAAAAUUUCACAGUUGUCAUUGAACGAUAGUGCAAGCGAUAAGUCUGAUGAUGUUAUCACUCCGAAGACCCCAGAGCAGAAUCCUAUUGAUGAUUCACCUCUACUCAUUAAUUUGGAUGAACCUCCAAUUGUUCCCAAACCUGUAGAAAAUAAAAUCUCUGAAGAUAUUUAUUCACUUGAUUGGGAGCAAUAUCAAUAUUCUAUUUUCGAAAACGAAUUACGAGCUUCCAAACAAAAUGCUCCACAACCAAUUCGAUGUAAAUUACCAGAAUCAUUGGCUGAUUUCGAUUCUCUGAUUUAA